GUUAGGGAAUAUGUGUGGUCAGCCCAUUCUCCCCUCAUCCAGCUCAAAAGACACGAUAACGUCCAGCAACUGGCUCCACUUGAAAAUACAGCUAUGCAGAUUGCUUCCUCUUAUAUUUUUCCAGCUUUGGAUAAGGAAAACUCAGAUUCUCCAAAGAAAUGGGAGACUGGUCCAUUCUUGGCCGCUUCCUAACGGAAGUUCAAAACCAUUCCACGGUCAUUGGCAAGAUAUGGCUGACAAUGCUGCUCAUCUUCCGCAUCUUGCUCGUGGCCCUGGUGGGGGAUGCUGUCUACAGCGAUGAGCAGUCCAAGUUUACCUGCAACACUCUACAGCCUGGAUGCAAUAAUGUCUGCUAUGACACUUUUGCUCCCGUCUCACACUUACGCUUUUGGGUCUUUCAGAUUGUUCUAGUGUCCACACCUUCUAUCUUCUACAUUGUGUACGUCCUGCAAAAAAUCACCAAGAAUGAAAAGGUAGAGGAUAAGAAGGUUGAAGUGGUACCCAGGUCCUCUCCUUUACUUGAAAGAGACAAACACAUAGGCGGAGAUAAAGAGACAACACUGGAAGCCGGCAGUCCUUAUAACACAUCCUAUGACAAUGAGGGGUGGAGCUCACAGGCAGGUGAGUGUGAGGAGAAGAGCCAGCUGGAGGAUGAUAUUAAGGAGGUAGGAAAGGACCCAACCCAGCUCUCCAGCCAAGUACUACUUAUCUACAUCAUACAUGUUUUGCUGCGCUCCAUCAUGGAGAUAAUCUUCCUCAUUGGACAGUAUUACCUAUUUGGAUUUGAAGUUCCACACCUGUUCCGCUGUGACACCUACCCCUGUCCAAACAGGACGGACUGCUUUGUGUCUCGAGCAACAGAGAAGACCAUCUUCCUCAACUUCAUGUUCAGUGUCAGUCUAGGUUGCUUCAUCUUGAACAUUGUGGAGCUGCAUUAUCUAGGCUGGAUUUAUAUUUUCAGAGUAUUGUUCUCCGCAUGCUGUACAUGCUGUGUGUCAGAUCGAAAACCUGGGCAACAGGUGGAUUUGUACUCCGACAACAACCCGCUCUUGCUUGAGCUCAAACACUCUCUACGUGGCAGGGUCGUUUUGCAGACCACCUCUUCCGUUUCCCGGGACAAGAGCAGUGGUGUCCCAAACCAAGGCCCGGCCAUCUCCUUUGAGACAGACUCCACACUGGAGUGCACUUCGAAGAGAAAUCCAGAUGAAAAGGAACGCAGCAAGAAUAGACUGCUCAAUAUAGCCAAAAUAGGAAGAGGGAAAAAGUCUUGGCUGUAAAUUAUUUCAAACCAUAUUUUUCUUUUGUGUUUUGUAUAUAUAUAUAUAUAUAUUACUUCAUCUGAGUGCCUUUUAUAUCUCUAAACUGAUUUAACUUGAUCUUUUCAGGAUGGAUUAGUUUAAGAAAGUUAUAAAGUUAUUGAUUAUUAAAUUGUUUAGAGGGAGAAACUGUGACAGAUUCAGUGUAUUUGUUUCUAGUCACAGAAAAUCUUAACAUUAAUAAUCUGGAAUUGUGGAAUGAUUUGGAGAUGUUGCAAAUUGUUUACCAUUCUAGGUUUAUUACUGUAGAGGGAAGCACUGAUAUUAAUGCAGUGCAACAUUUUAUGACAAUGUUUCUGUAUAUAUAUAUAUAUUCAAUGUAUUGCAGUGAUGUAUUCAUACCUCCACUUACUCAUACACUUACACCACCCUUGUUAAAGAAGCAAGGGCCACAAAUGAUCUUUUGUAAAUAGACGGAUGGUGAGUUUAAACAUCAGAAACUUCAUACUUAGUUGGCCUGUUAAGCAGCAAUGCCCCAAGGCUCCGAUCUGGUCUUAUGUAUAUGUUGGUCAGGUUCUCAUUGUUUUGUCCUUCUGCUAGAAGCCACGUUUCAAGUUAAUUUUACUGUAGGUUACCUCUACCGUAGAGUGGGACAAAAGGCUUGAUUUUCUUUGACUUGACCAAAUACAUCUGACAUUAUUCUUGCUGUCCUGCAUGGCAAUUAUAUCCCAUAAUGUAUAGGUCUUCAAGAGCUUAGGCUGAAAUGUAAUCAAAUGUGCAAAGGUCUUAAAUGUAUAAACAUGGGAUUUAAAAGAACAUUUUAUAUUUUAUCAAAUUUAAAAUCAGCAUCCUUUACAAUAUCCUGUCAAACCUCUAAAUUAAGACGUGGAGUCUGGGAGCAUUUACCUGUGCCUGUACCUGCACAUUCACUGUUUCAAUAAGUAAAAAGACCAGGAGGGGUCACUGCUGUCCGAUUUACACUAGUGCUGCCUUCAAGUACUGUUGUAAUUAUUACACUUUUAGAGCAGUUUAAACAUUUACGACCCAAAUACGAUUGUAGAAGGCUAGAUUUGGCACGAUGUGUCCACAUGUAACAUAUAAUAAAGAUGGAUUGCAUGAAAUCAGUAUAAGUAAAAGGUGGUGAAAGCAUU